GCGUGGGCAGGCCGUCCCCUGCGAGGUGCGUGCCGGGUAGUAGCCGGCAUGCUCUGCUGGGCCCGAUCCUGCAGGCUUCCCCGUGGGGCGCUCGGUCCCUCCACUCCCAGCUUCUCGAGGGUGCCCGUCAUACGCAGCAGCAGCAAAGGCCAAAGGGAGGGCAAGCCGAGGCCGCUACCGCUGUCCUACAGGCUUCUGGACGGGGAGACGACCCUCCCGGCUAUAGUCCUUCUGCAUGGGCUUUUCGGCAGCAAAACCAACUUCAACUCCAUUGCCAAGGCUUUGGCCCAGCAGACAGGCCGGAGGGUGCUGACAGUAGAUGCUCGGAACCAUGGUGACAGCCCCCACAGCCCAGAUGUGAGCUAUGAGGCCAUGUGCCAGGACCUGCAGAGCCUCCUGCCCCAGCUGGACCUGGCACCUUGUGCCCUCAUUGGUCACAGUAUGGGAGGAAAGACAGCCAUGCUGCUGGCGCUCCAGAGGCCAGAGCUGGUAGAACGGCUGAUUGCAGUGGACAUCAGCCCAGUGAAGACCACAGGCACCUCAAAGUUUGCGACCUACGUGGCUGCCAUGAAGUCCAUAGACAUCCCAGAUAAGAUGCCCCGCUCCCAGGCUCGAAAAUUGGCCGAUAAGCAACUCAGCCAUGCCGUCCAGGACAUGGCCAUGCGGCAGUUCCUGCUCACCAACCUGGUGGAGGUAGAUGGGCACUUCCAAUGGAGAGUGAACUUGAAUGCCCUGGCUGAGCACUUGGAUGAGAUUAUGAACUUCCCACCACAACAGGAACCCUAUUCUGGGCCAACUCUCUUCCUCCUUGGUGGAAGUUCCCAUUAUGUGUGUCCCAGUCACCACCCUGAGAUUAGACGACUCUUUCCUGGCGCCCGGAUACAGACAGUGCCUAACGCCAACCACUGGGUUCAUGCUGACCGCCCCCAGGACUUCAUGGCUGCUGUCCAAAGCUUCUUGGUCUAAGAGGUGCUGCCUGCAAGAGGAGCAGGAGGUCCCAGGCUUCGUGUCCUUGCAGCCUGUUCAUGUUGCCACACAGGACUCGGGCGCGUACUGAGAGGGCACGGGGGUGUGCAGUGGCGAGGCCUCCAGGUUUAAUGAAUAAAGACAAUUCCCCAAAA